AUGACUUGCAAAAUGCAAAGAAAGACUUUGAUACAACAAACUUGGAAAGAAAAGUAGAACAUAAACACAGAAAGUAGAGAAACAAACUUCUCCAGUUACCUUGCUAACUCCGUUGUUAAUUUUUAUAUGCUCCGUAAUUUCCGGUUCCAAACUUCAACGCUUCACCGAAACAAAAAAACAAAGCACACGUUAACGUUGACUGCGUCCAACUCAUCACCAUGAACGUGACGAAUCCACAGCCACCGGUUCCGUCGUCUCCGGUUCUGUCUCCCCUCGCUGAUUCGCAGCGCAAGAUUGCGAUCGCUGUUGACCUAAGUGACGAGAGUGCUUAUGCAGUCAAGUGGGCCGUACAGAACUACCUCCGUCCCGGUGACGCCGUCAUCCUCCUGCACGUGCGCCCCACGAGCGUUCUCUAUGGUGCUGACUGGGGCUCUGAUGCUGGGGCUACGGCAGAGCCGGGAGAGGAGUCGCGGCGGAAGCUGGAGGAGGAUUUCGUCAGCUUCACGAGCAGCAAGGUCAGUGACCUAUCUCAGCCCCUUGUGGAGGCUGAAAUUCCGUUCAGCAUCCACAUAGUGAAAGACCACGACAUGAAGGAGAGGUUGUGCUUGGAAGUAGAGAGAUUGAGACUGGGCGCUGUGAUCAUGGGGAGCCGCGGAUUUGGCGCAGGCAAGAGGAGUGCUAAGGGGAGGCUUGGGAGUGUCAGCGAUUAUUGCGUGCAGCAUUGCGUCUGUCCUGUCGUGGUUGUCAGGUAUCCUCACGACAAGAAUAGUAACGCCGCCCAGGAUGAGACUGACGAAGUCGCAGAGUUGCUUCCUGUCCCCGAGGAGGAAGAAGAGUAUCAUGAUGCCUCAGAUCAGCAUAAAGGUGUUUGAUGAGACUAUUUGGCACAAGUGGAUCACAACAUUGAGGGAAGAGAUUAUUUUCAUGCCAAAUACGGACAAGAACGUGUUAUUUGUAUUUCUUUCUUUCUUCCUCCCCCUCUUUUUAGGACAGAUCAUGUUAGUGUUGAGAAGUCAAACAUUGGGAUGAAUUUAUGAUGACAAAUGUGGAAGAAUGAGCUAGUGUUAAGAAUUCAAAAUAUUGGAAUGAAUUAAACUUUGUAAUUUGUGAAGUUUCACUUGUUGAAUUACAUGCAAAACUUUGUUUUCCUCCACAUCUUCAAUAAUCAUUGAUCAGUUAA